GGCAGCCAUAUCAAUGUGCAAAAACUCAAAAGGGUCUUUGACACGGGCAAGGAUUAUAAUCUGUUGACAAUGGAUGGAAUCGAUCCAAAUGAUAUUGCCACAUUACUCAAACUCUAUCUUCGUGAAUUACCAAGUCCAUUAAUGCCACCAAUACUUCUUGAACAAUUCCAAUCACUCUUGACUACUGAUCGACACAUCUGCCAGACCUUACGUAGUAUUCUUGUUCAGUUGCCAUAUCAAAACUACAUUGUUCUCUCGUACCUAUGUCAUCACCUAUCUAAAAUCGCAGCUCAUUCAGACAAAACAAAGAUGACAGUGUCCAAUCUUGCACUAGUCUUUGCACCAACACUUGCGAUCGGUAGCGUCUUAUUCAAGGCUCUUCUAGGUGGGUUCUAUGAUACCUCAGUCGAUACUCCUGAAAGCCGAGAAAUGGGUCUCAAGAUCGUCUGGGGUGGGCGACAGCUCAAGGAUGCUGCCGGAAACGACAUUCAGGAAUGGCCAGAAGAUGAUCAAGACCUGGAGGGUAGAGGAUAUGGGCCCAGUGAUAAGGAGGAACUAGAAGGCUCAGACGUGGACUCUACUCAACAAUGUCCAUUUUAUCAGGAACUACCAACACCUACCAUUCGUCAUCAACAUUCAAUGCCGGCUCUGUCAACACCAUACAGUGAGAAUUUCCCUGGUGCUGACAGCUCUGACUCUUAUUUUCCAACUGUUGCUCCUUUUGAGAAAAAUAACAUUGGUCCACUGGAUCUUGAUCCGGAAGAUGAUCGGCCGGUCUAUGGGCAGGUCCUGGAAGAUCCACCAUCAUCAUUGUUGCUUUCGUCGCCUGCACCCUCUAGUGUUGAUAAUUUAAAGGAUUCAGGGCAGAGAAGGAGAGUGGAGGAUGAAGAAGCAGCACUCAUGCAUGCAAUGAUAGAGCGUGAAGAUCUUGUAACCAAUUCCCCUCCACCUUCUUCACCAAUUAGUGAGGGAUUCAAACAUGAAAAGCAGCCGACAUUGGGCUUGGGAUCCGUGCGCGUGAAUGUGCAGGGCGGAACUGUUGUCCCCGCAGUGAUAGCCUUGGUACAACCGCUAUUGCCUUCUCACCUGACUUCGACUGCAACAAUCGCUAAUAACUCGAAUACAACCUCAGCGACCGCAGAUCUCACUAACAGUGGUGACAACCACUGUAAUGGAAACAAUAAUAAUGAAAUCAUAAGCAAUGGAAAUAAUACCAGCAACAGCGGAGCUAACACUAAUAGUAAUAACAAUUAUAACAAUAAGAAUAGCAUUCUUGAUUUCCAGAAACAAGAAGUAUUAGCCACUCCUACAGUUGUACCGGUUGCACUCCAUAUCACAAUCGAUGCCGGUGUUGUACCCGCCACCGCCAUUACGAAUAUAAACAACAAUAUCUCAUCCACCGCUAACUCAACAAAAGAAUCAUCCCUACCGUCACCACCAACAUCAGACCAAAAAACUCGUGCUUAGAUUUACG